CCAACCUUCCUGGUGGAACUGUCCAGAGUGCUGGCAAACCCUGGCAACAGCCAAGUUGCCCGCGUGGCGGCCGGCCUGCAGAUCAAGAACUCCCUCACCUCCAAGGACCCCGACAUCAAGGCUCAGUACCAGCAGAGAUGGCUCGCCAUCGACGCCAACGCCCGCAGGGAGGUCAAGAACUACGUUUUGCAGACGUUGGGUACAGAGACGUACAGGCCCAGCUCGGCCUCUCAGUGCGUGGCUGGCAUUGCCUGUGCAGAGAUCCCCAUGAACCAGUGGCCUGAGCUCAUUCCCCAGCUGGUAACGAACGUUACGAAUCAGCACAGCACAGAGCACAUGAAAGAGUCAACGUUGGAGGCCAUCGGCUACAUCUGCCAGGAUAUUGAUCCAGAACAGCUUCAGGACAAAUCCAAUGAGAUCCUGACAGCCAUCAUCCAGGGAAUGAGAAAGGAAGAGCCCAGCAACAAUGUGAAGCUAGCAGCUACUAAUGCACUCCUGAACUCUUUGGAAUUCACCAAAGCAAACUUUGACAAAGAGUCUGAAAGGCACUUUAUUAUGCAAGUAGUCUGUGAAGCAACGCAGUGUCCAGAUACAAGGGUACGAGUGGCUGCCUUACAGAACUUGGUGAAGAUAAUGUCCCUUUAUUAUCAGUAUAUGGAGACAUACAUGGGACCUGCCCUUUUUGCUAUAACCAUUGAAGCAAUGAAAAGUGACAUAGAUGAGGUGGCUCUGCAAGGGAUCGAGUUCUGGUCAAACGUCUGUGAUGAGGAGAUGGACCUGGCUAUCGAGGCAUCCGAGGCAGCAGAGCAAGGAAGGCCCCCGGAGCACACUAGCAAAUUUUAUGCGAAAGGAGCACUGCAGUAUUUGGUCCCCAUCCUAACACAAACGUUAACAAAACAGGAUGAAAAUGAUGAUGAUGACGACUGGAACCCCUGCAAAGCAGCAGGAGUCUGCCUCAUGCUCCUGGCGACCUGCUGUGAAGAUGACAUUGUUCCUCAUGUGCUGCCCUUUAUUAAAGAACACAUUAAAAACCCAGAUUGGCGAUACAGAGAUGCAGCUGUGAUGGCUUUUGGCUGCAUUUUGGAAGGACCAGAGCCUAACCAGCUCAAACCACUAGUCAUACAGGCAAUGCCAACUUUAAUAGAACUAAUGAAGGAUCCCAGUGUUGUGGUUCGAGACACGACUGCUUGGACCGUGGGCAGGAUCUGUGAGAUGCUUCCUGAAGCUGCCAUCAAUGACAUUUACCUCGCUCCACUGCUGCAGUGUCUGAUGGAGGGCCUGAGUGCUGAGCCCAGAGUGGCCUCCAAUGUGUGCUGG